AUGGUCGCCGACGACUUGUACGAGAAGGCGCUGCCUGUGCUGCAGGACGAGGCCCUGGAUGAGGAGGACAAGACGGACAAGCUCGAGGAGCUGAUGCGCAAGGAGACCAACCUCACGGGCAAAUCACUCGAGAACAUUGUCCUAGACUGCCUCUGGCGCUAUCGCGACGCCGGCAGCUCUUCCAGCUCUCCCCCCAGCCGCCAUACCAUCAUCCGCCGGCCCUCGCCAGCUCCCUGGCAGGCCAAUCGCGCCCCUACUCCUGUCAACGCCUCGCCGCGCAUGGUACACCCUCCGCCGGGCUUCCCCAUGCCACCUGGAUUCGCGCGCACAAAGUCGUCCACCGCGUCCCCCUUUACUUCCCCGCGACCCUCGCCUCGCCUUGCUUUUUCCACACCGCAUAUCCCCCACAGCCCCAGCCUGAGCGCAUACCAGUUCAGCGAAUGCGCAAGUCCCAAUACCGAGUCGUAUGGCGACCUCGAUGGCCACUCCGUCGACUGGCUAGUCAACGAUGAUGCCGCGAGCACCGAGUCGUCUCUCCUGGGCGACGGCACGCUCAACGGUGCCGCGGCCGAAUGGGUGCAGCCCCAGACCAUGGACAUGGGCCCAUACGACAUGCUGCGCUCGAUCCUCAGGGACGACCGAUCAGACGAAGAGCUAGAGAAGGUCUUAGAGGCCAAUGGCUACGACCUCAGUGCCGCUCUCCUCGCACUCAUGGGACAGCAACUCGACGUACAACAACUCCCUACCACACCCUCCGAGCAUCCCGGAUACGUCAUCGGAAAGUCUAUGAGCCCAGCAUUCAGGCCUAGUACACCCGUGGGCCAGCAGAAGAGCAACAUCGUGUGCAAGUACUUUCUGUCAACCGGACAUUGCGCCCGAGCAGACUGCAGAUUCAGCCAUGACACCAGCAAGACGUUAUGCAAGUAG